GUAUGCUUUGCUUAGUGCAGCAAGUUUAGUCUAGAGGGUUUUAUCAGGUAGUAUGUCAUUUUAUUUUAUAUAAUUUUUAAUCUCACAUGAUAUAGGAUGUAUAGACCACUAUACAUUGUAUUUCGUUUCGACUGACUUGUCAGUGUGACUGGUGCCAGAGGUAUGCCUUGGCAGAAUUGUCAUGGCUAUCUCUUUUUGCUGCUAAUAUUACUGACUGUUGCUCUCAUUGUUGCUGCGCAGCUGCUAUGGCAAUACUUUUUGCCAUCAAGGCUAGUUGCAGCCUUGUUAUUAUGAUUUAUGAAUAAACAUAUCGUAUUACCAUAGCGCUCUGAUUGGAUUGACCUGUUGGGUCCCCAAACGGUGAAUUUUUGUUCACAGGACAAAUUGCGGCAAACCUCGAUUAACAACUCAAAUCCUUUAGCUGUCCUCUAUUACUCAUCCACUUCUUGGCAAAAAAGGUUAUAAAUAAUCGUUAUUCCGCUUGUCACAAAAUUUCGCCGUAUGGGAACCCAAAAGGUCAAACAGAGUUGCCUGGGGAGGAGGCUAGUGUUACCAAUUGUUUUGCAAUAUAAACAGCUGAGUGACGGACGUUAGCUAUUCUUCUCGCGACAUAUUGCUAAAACGAAAGAAAAUUUGCUCUUUCCAACACUUGUGAGACAUUACAGCAACAACUAUAGUUUACCCUGAGCGGAAAAAUGAAGAUAAAUUUGCUUAUUUUCCUUCUCUUUAAUCUGGUAUAUGUAGCAAGAAGAAAUCACAAGCCAAACAUUUUGUUCAUAUUUGCUGAUGACUAUGGCUUCAACGAUGUUGGUUACCAUGGUUCUGAAAUAAAAACACCAGUCUUGGACAAACUAGCAAAUGAAGGUGUUAUCCUCGAGAAAUAUUAUGUCCAACCAAUAUGUACUCCAACAAGAUCAACAAUGCUUACUGGCAGAUAUCAAAUUCAUACAGGUUUACAACAUGGCGUUAUAUACCCUGCGCAACCAAAUUCCUUACCUCUUGACGAAACUACAAUCGCAGACAAAUUAAGUGAAAGCGGUUACAAAACUCACAUAGUUGGGAAAUGGCACAAUGGAUAUUAUAAAAAGGAGUGCAUGCCAACCUACAGAGGAUUUGACUCAUAUUUUGGAUAUCUCAACGGCGCUGAGGAUUAUUAUACACAUAUGAGAAGCGGUGGUUUCCCGGAGUUAUUACCGUUUAGUUUAUGGAGCGGUUAUGAUCUGCGCAGAAAUGAAACUGUAAGUACAAAAGAAAAAGGAGAGUAUUCGACAUUUUUAUUUGCAAAAGAAGCUCAGAACGUUAUCACGAAUCAUGAUUCCAGUUCCCCAUUGUUUUUAUAUUUAGCAUUUCAAGCAGUACAUUCUCCCUUGCAAGUGCCCCAACAAUAUAUCCAGCAGUACGAGGGAGUGAUAAAAGAUAAGAAUAGACGUACUUAUGCCGGCAUGGUGUCUGCUAUGGACGAAGCCAUAGGAAAUGUAACUAAAACACUCCAAGAAAAAGGACUAUGGAAUAACACUGUGUUGAUAUUUAGCACUGAUAAUGGUGGUCAGGUGUAUCAAGGGGGAAAUAACUGGCCAUUGAGGGGUUGGAAAGGAUCAUUGUGGGAAGGUGGUGUACGUGGUGUAGGAUUUGUGAACAGUCCCUUGUUAACAAAGCCAAGAAGAGUUUCGCAUGAAAUGAUCCAUGUUUCUGAUUGGUUCCCGACUCUGGUGAAGUUAGCUGGUGGUGAUUUGAAUGGUACAAAACCUUUAGAUGGUUUUAAUGUUUGGGAAACAAUAAACACAGGUGAACCAUCUCCUAGAAUUGAACUAUUGCACAACAUCGAUCCAGUAAAGACACCAUGGUAUAGUGAAUGGUGGAGUCAUGGUUAUCAAUGGUGUCCACAGGCUGCAUUACGUGUUGGGGACUGGAAACUACUCACAGGAUGUCCAGGAGAUUCACGUUGGAUUCCACCUCCGAACUCAAGUCUCAACUUGAAUGAAGAAAAUUAUUUGAACAAUGACACCAAAAAGUUGUUUUUGUUUAAUAUUGCCCAGGAUCCUGAAGAACGACAUGAACUAUCUUCUCAAUAUCCAGAGAAAGUGAAGGAAUUAUUGUUGAGACUUGCAGAAUACAAUAGUACUGCAGUGCCAGUACGAUACCCUCACCCUGAUCUUGCUGCUAAUCCCGCGCUGCAUCAUGGGAUAUGGUCACCAUGGGUCACCUCCAAACAUGCAGACAUUACUGCAUAGUAAUUUUACAUGCUUGGUUGCAAUAAAUAAAGUUGGCCUAAGAUCGUUUUGAACUUGCUUUUUAGACGCGAAUUUACAGACUGAUCACAGUGUUUUAUGUGAUUUAAAUAUUACAAUUGUGAAAACUAUUAUUGAUAAUUAAUUAAAUGGUUCCUUGAGUAGUUGAGAUACAACUGCGUCAUGUAAAUAUGCUAUCAUUAUAGAAACAGCGGUCAGAAUGAAUAAAAUAUAGUAAUAGCAAUUUAUUUAAUGUCUAUUAUACAGAAUGCAGUUGCUCAGUCAACCCGAGACUCACGAUAAACGUACUGGACAACGAAGGCCUAAAGGCCGUUUUCCACUUCAAGCGUACCGUACCGUAACGUAUCAAAACAAAAUUUAGUGAAUGUUGAUUGGUUAAUACUUCCGUAGUACGCUAAAAAGUUGACUUGCGACGAACUUUUUAUUUUGAUACGCGAAUCAACCGGAAGUACGUAAAUUUGAAAACCCAUCACCGGUACGUUACGACU